CACACACACACCCACACACACACACACACGCAGGGCCGUAGCACCGCUCAGUUCAGUGCCAACUUGAGGCGAUCACGACCACUCAAACUACCACCACCACCACUGGCACCACCAACAACACUACUACUAUCACUUCAACUACCACAACAACAACUACUACUACUACCACCACUAUUGCCAUCUGGAUCGUCAAUUUUGCCAGCACCGGAUACUUGCCACAAGGAACAGAUGGCUGAGGUCCGGCUGGAGUGCGGGGUGUGCCGGCAGAGAUACGCCGCCAAGGGGGACCUGUGUCCUCGAACUCUCUUCUGCGGCCAUACCUUCUGCACGCGCUGCCUGGACCACGCCAUCACCAGCGGGAGUCGUCGGUGUCUCUCCUGCAGCCGACCCUUCAUCGCCCUCUCCGCCUCCCAGCUGCUCACAGACUUCUCCAUUCUGAAGCGAGUCUCUUCCAGAAAAGACGAUGCGGCAUCUUCUAAGACUCCAGGAACUUCAUUUUACAAUUCAAGUCUUGGGAACUCUUUUAAACCAUCGUCCGGUUUGCGUUCCAUUGGUACUUCGAGUUAUGGCUCGAAACUUCCUACUUCUGUUUCAUCUUCAUCUAGUUUACAAGCUGCUAGAACUUUAAGCCAAGAUGACUCAAAGCCUAUGAAAGCUGCUUCACCGUCAACCAGUUUUGAGACCCUUAGUACUUCAAAUCACACGUCGAGGCUUCGGAAUGAUGUCUCGUCGUCAUCGAGUGAACAGUCUCUUGACACAUCUAGCUACAAGUUGAAAACUUUGAACACUGAUUCAACGCCGUCAAGUCUCCAGACGGACAGUCCGAAAUCUGCAUCACGUGGAAUAGGGAAGCCAUCAUCACUGCCUCUCAUAGGAACAACUUCCCUAACCUAUACCAGUCUGACUCCAAGAGUGUCUUCAGCGCCUGCUACUCCCAGAUCACUGUAUGGCGCCUCAGAGCCACAGUUAAACUCCCCAUCCAUUCAAAAAGUGGUAACCGUACCUGAUGAUAAAAUUCAUACAGAUGAAGCUGACUCUCCUCGCUCAUCUACCUUACAAAGUACAAGCACUGAAGACCUGCCAACAAGUCGGCCACAAACACCACUUACUUACAAGUUUCCGACCAUAAGAACCCGACUCACUAUAGGAAGUCAGGGUUCUAGACUCUAUCGAUUGCCAUCUUUAGAGUCUGACAGUACCGACGCAGUGCAAAACGAGUCGGCUGUCGUUGGCCUUCACGAUAAACUGAAGAAAUCCAGUUCUCUACCUGUCACUGCAUUGGAGAUGCCUUCCACUCGCGAGUUGGCGACAGCUACGGAGCAUAGUACUGUUGCUUCCCUUAGUAACAUAAAGGCCAACCCAAGUGUACUAAGCUCAGUGUAUAAGUCUAGAGGAAGAAGUGCAGCUCAGUUGCCCCUGACGAGCACAGUGUCGAGGAUUGCCAAUCAGGACCAGAGUCUGGCUGACUCUAAAAUCAAUGAUCACCCAGAUAUGGCAAUCAAUGGCCCUGUGUCUCUACCACCAACUGGCUCUGCAUCACUCCUCAGGUCAGUUUCAACCCCAUCUAAAUUCGACACAGGGCUUCAAAAUAUUAGUAAAGAUAAACAGGCACAACAGACAGAAGCUGGUAUAAACACCUAUCGUCGAGAACUGGGUUCAGAUAUUUCGGUUCUAAGAAACACAAAUAACGGCAAAGUAGAAGACAGAGGGCAAGCUUCCAGUACUCCAAGCCACGUCCUGGACAUGUGUCGUUCCAUAACACACAAAUCUCGAAAACAGACAAGUAAUGAGGCGGCCUCCAGCCUCGCCGGUGCUACUAAGUCGUCCCCUGACACUCGGACAAAGAACCCUGAAACACUGUUUACAUCCCAGUCAAGCUACCUAAAGAGCGCGUCUUCGUCAGCUCAGCUAAGAAGUUCCAAUUCAGUGCUGACGAACAUUCAGACACAGACGGUCAACAGUGAUAAUGAUAAAGAGAAAGACACCGAGUCAAGCACUCUGAUGAAGCAUCCAACUGUACCGUUUCACAAUCCAGUGGAGACUUAUUUGUCGUCUGCAAUAAGAAUGCAGAAAACUACAGGCACUAAGGGGCAAAGUUCUGAUGGCAUUAGCUCAGAUAAAGAAGCUUUCCAACAGGAAGCUGCAGAUGCAGUACAUCAUACUGAAGCAGGCAAGCACCUCAACACCCCAAGUCAUACUGAAGAUGAAUCUCCUAGAGCCGAUCUCUCGCUAGCAACCAAUGCAGAAGAGUUUACAUCGUCAGAGACUGGACCAGCAAGACGCAGUAACCGAGAGCGGCAACUGUCACGUAGUAUGUCAACAGGAUCUGAAAAACUUGAUGAAUCAGGAACGAGAACAAGGCCAGCUGCUUCACGGCACGUCGGGAAGAUAGCCCGAUCUUCUUCACUCAGUGCUCGAAUCCUGGCUCGAUCAAGUUUCGUCUCCGAAACCAUCAAUGAGGGCGACGAAAUCUCGACAUUAAGCCGGCGGUCAACCGGGGAAAUAUCUGAUGAUCGUGAUAGCGCAGUUAACAAACUCAACUCGAAAUCAUCGAACUCUCCACAAACUUCUUUAAGAGCUCGUUUGUUAUCACGGACAAGUUAUCUAUCUAGGACGAUGGAUGAGGAAGAGAACUCCAUCACAUACCAACGACCAGGCAAGGACAGCAUUGAGGACUCUGAGAAGGUCUCGAACUCAUCCGACUUGUAUACAAAAGCUAGAAAAUCACACAUGGAAAUACAAAAAACAGAGUGUGAAAAUGACUAUUCUAUCAGCAGACAGAUUAAUACCCCGAGCCAUUCUAUCGCUCAGGGUAAGACAGUUGAAGACCAAAAAGGAUCCCUUGUCUCACAAUCGCAUGAAAUUCUAAUGCGGAUCAAUAGUCACAGAACGAGUGAAGCUGAGUGUGUUGACCCAGAUUGUUCGGAUGUGGCCUCAGAUCCCCUGGCCUUAAAGCCGACCUUGCCCACCUCUCCUCCACCGGGCGCUGACGAUGUACUUUAUACUGAUGGUACGCUUCGAGCCGCUACCACAAGCCACUCAACAGGCUCUGGCACAAGGCCGGAGCGGCCUGACCACAAGACACGGGAGGUUCACUCAACGCCGUACGAGAGUGUCUUGAGUAACAGACGAACACCUUCAAAUGCCAACCGACUGGGCCGUGGUACAUACUCGCGAAUCACCAGUACAGAUAAGCUGCUUGCUGAACUGCAUGUUGGAAGCGUGCCAAGCAUCCAGAGUGAGGAUGGUGAUGAUGAAGACACAGAGGAAGAUGGAACACCACACAGACACGAAGCAAAGACUCAGGAGCCAACAGAAAAUCCCCAGAAAGGCGCAAACCAGCGUGCAAGCAGCGCCCAACAUGAAGUCAAACUUGAGUCAGUUAAAGCUGAUGGAUCUAAAUUAGUCAGAGGAAGGAGAGAGCAUGCCACUAAUGAACAAAGGGAUGACCAGGCUGCGGUUCAAAGGGACAAUUUUGAUGAUCCCGGUAUUUGUCCAGCUCCAAGUGCUGGACGCCACGAGGUUACAGGCAGUGACUCAAAUGCAAAACGGGACAAUACAAUAGUAACUGACAGGAUUCAGAAAAAUCGUUCACGUCCAAUGGCUAAGGAUAGCGUUCAAGAUAUAUGGCGUGCCAGGAAUGCCAGAUUAAGAUACUCCUUGACGUCGAGAUCAAAACAAAAUGACAGCACUACUGACGAAGCCUCGGAAGUAGAGGCAGGCGGCAACGUAGAUGAGAACCACCAUCGGCCCAGCCACCAGCUGCACAAGACUACCAAAGUUACCUCAUCCCCGUCAGACUUAAGAACAGACCCUCCCAAUCUUAAUGGGUUAUCCCAGUUAAGGAAUAUUGAGUCAUAUGAUGAUAGUGAUGAUAGUGUGCUGCCUGCUGGCGAGCAACAAAGUGCACUCAGACGUGAGAUCAAAAAAACAUACAUGUCUGAAUGCUCUAAGCAGUUUCCUAACCUUGAAGAUCCUAAAGUGACUCUCGCAAGUCCAAGUGGUACGGGUAGCUACAUUCCAUUUAUAGCUUCUGGUAUGGAGGGCAAGACUUCGUCAGACACAACCAGGCCUGGACAUACUAAAGAACACAAGGGGAAAAGACAUAACCCAACACCGACAAAUGGCAGCAGCAAAGAGUCAGCUUUGUUGCAGAUUUCUGGCUCUGAUACCGACGAAGUAGAUGGCCCUCGCACAGAGCCAGUGCCCAGUAGUUCUUUCCCCACGGGGAAGAAUUCCCCUCGUGAGACUAUUUUAGGCAGAGUACCGUCUGGAUCACCAUUAUCCAACACCCAGGAGGUGUCAGCGAUACCUCGCACACCACCUGAUGGAAGCUAUAGGGCAAACUAUAUUGAUUCAGGGGAAAGAUUAGUCAUAGCAGAUAAUCCCAAUAGUGCAACCUUCAUUGGUCAUCAUCUUGACUCGAAGAAUGACACAGUGCCCGGAGAAAUUUAUAGCGUACAUGAAGCCCGUCGUGGUGUGAGCGUGUGUGGCAUCCACGGCUCUCUGCUGCACGUGUACUGCAAGAGGUGUGAGGAGUGGGCGUGCGACGGGUGUCUGGGUCUUAGGCACCAGCAGCCUCCCCGGGGACAAUGCCAAAUUAUCUCCGCACCGGAUGCCGUCAUGCACAUGAAGAUGUCACACACAGAGUUCUUGAGCUCGAACGCUGAGACACUGGAGCACUUCAGGGAGGAACUGGGGAAGUUGGUGACCGAGUGUGACAACAGCAUCAAGGAACACGAGGCCAACGUGAAGCAUCUGGAGAUGCAGCUACGAGAGGAAGUCACGUUGCUCAGAAGCAUUGAGUCCAUGAAGAGCCUCGCACAGCAGAAACUGAAGAAGAUCGACUACUGGGAGGACCUGCUUGGCCAAAAUGCUUCCCGCAUCAGACAGUCCUCGUCCUCAGAGGAGAUACAGAGUGCAGUCUUCAUCAACAGGUCUACCAUCUUGACCAACAUCAUUGAAGGUGUCUCCAUCCCAGAGUUAACCAUAGAUAGCUUUUAGCUCUUCUCAAACGAGUUAAAAUUUCACGACUACAAAAUGCCUUUACGUGAAAUAAAUGACUUUGUAACCUGUGUGAUAUCAUACUGAUUUAUUCUCAAUUAAUUCUAUAGUGAUACGAGUCAAAAUUAUAUUGUAACAUUAACUAAUAUAAUCGAUAUAUUAAAUAAAUGUUGAAGAAAGUGGAAACAUAUGAGGAAUGUUUAGUGAUUUAUCGCUGUGUUAAUAAUGCAAAAUAACUUCAGGGGCUCAUAUUCAUUAUAAUUUAUAUAAUGUUAAAAUCUUCUGUAAUCCGAGAUAUCAAUGCUAUAUGUGUGUAUAUGUGUGCAAAUAUUAAAACCCUCAUAUUAUAUUAUAUUAUAUAUAUAUUGUAGACAUAUGUUAUUAAAUAUGACAGAAACUG